UUCAACCUAAACCUAAAUUUUUACCGGGUUUUAACAAUGUUUUUUUUGUGCGCCUUGAUUGUCGACAUUUAAAGUUAAUUAUUUCUCAUCAAAUUGUUAAAUAUUUUGGUGGAUUUUUUAUUUCGUUUUAAAAGUUUAGUUAUAAUCCUAAAUAUGACAUGAUGGAAGUCGAUGAACAACCAAAUGAUGAACCAUGUGAGACUCCAAUAGGAGAAAAGGUUGAUACCAAGGAUGUAAAUAAUCAUCAAGAUACUGCAUCGUCUGAAUUACCCAAUAAUUUAGAUACUUCAACCUGUAAAUCUUUUCCAGGGCUUGCUUCAACUUCAGCAUCUUUGGUUCGUGGUAUAUAUUUAUAUCCUGACUCUUGUGAUUUAGAAACUCUCUAUAUUGUUUUAAUUCAAGAUGAAUGUGUAUCCAUUUGGUGGAGAGAAUCAGAUUCUACGACUGAAUGGAACCUUGUUAGUCAUACAAUUGACGAGGAACCAACAAACUUGAAUUGUUCCGUUAUCGAGUCAAAACAAUUUAUUUGGAUUGGAUUGAUUUAUGAUGGAUUGAAAUACCUCACCCUUACACAUUUAAGAUUCGAUAAAAUAGCUAAAAAUGUGAAACUUUACCUCAGAGAAUUUUUCGCUUCUACUUUCAUCUCUGCGGAAAUGAUCAAUAAGUGCCAAUUGAGACGAGCAACCAUUAAUAUAGCCUGUCUACCAAAUGAAAAAAGUGUCCUCAGCAUACCUGGUCCAUCAAAUACAAUUAAAAUAUUUUUAUAUGAUCUACCAACAUCAAGUAAAACCUACUUGACAUCAAUAAAUGCAAGAAAUGUUACAACAAGCUGUAUAUUACCUGUAGAUGAUUGGGAUAUCGCUUUUAUUGCUCACUUUGAUAAUAGAAUUCAAAUAUGGAAUACGAAUGAUAAAUCAUUGAUCAACUCUAUUCAUGCAGAAAGAUCCAUCUUCGAGAAUAAAAUUUGCUUUGAUGUGAUGCACGAUAAAGGAUUAGUUUAUCUAUUCAUCGGAGAUCCGCGAUCUAGUGCAAUAGAUGUGAUAGCCCUUAAUCCAAAAACUGGUAGAUAUGCUUCAUUGAUGAGCUGCAACAUUUUUGAAACCGAUGUAACCAAUCCACUGAGCUUUAACAAGAUAAAAAGAAGUGGAAAUCAAUUACUUCUUGUUAAAGAUGAUGGCGUAGUUCUUUACGAUCUAGCCAACAGCAAGUCCGUUCUUAACUGUGGUCAAACCUCAAUAAAGGAUGCUUCCAUUGGAUUUGUUAAAGAUAAAGCUGUGAUAUUCGCUGCCACCACCUAUGGCAAAAUAAUAAACUUACUCAACUCCUAGUUUUUUAAUUUUCAUUCAACCUUUCACCCUUGUUCAGUUUUCCUGUCUUAUCGUUGCUGUCUAUCCAGCCAUAUCUUGCUUUGGAUAAAUAACACAAAAAAUCUUUUCCAUAUCUUUCCAAUUUUACAUCUUUUUAAGCGAACAUCAUUUUUACCCCUCAUCAUCUUGACUAUAUUUGCACAGCUCUCUCUUUUCUCACCUUGAUUAUUCCAUACAAUUCACAUUUACUCACCUUUUUCAUUCUCUAGAACAAACAAUAAAUCUUCUGGUUAAAGAAGAUCAAUAUCAUGUUUUACUGAAAACCUUGACUAUUUUCAUCCAAAUUAUCCCUUGAAAACCAUGUCUAGUUAGACAGAGCUUAUGUUUGAAUUAAAGUACAUACCACUUGAUUGAUGCACAAA